CACGAACGCGCCGCGCGAGGCCCGACGGGGGCGCUCGUAGUCGUUCACGAUGUCCAUGAGACUACGAGAGCUCAUCCGCGCGGUGCGGCAGUGCAAGACGACCGCGGAGGAGCGCGCGCUCAUCGCGAAGCAGUCCGCGGCGAUCCGGAACUCGCUGAAAGACCAGGACGCGGCGUACCGCCAUAGGAACGUCGCGAAGCUGAUGUUCAUGCACAUGCUCGGGUACCCCACGCACUUCGGGCAGAUGGAGUGCGUCAAGCUCAUCGCCGCGGUCGGAUUCCCGGAGAAACGCAUCGGAUACCUGGGACUCAUGAUCCUCCUCGACGAGCGACAAGAGGUGACGAUGUUAGUCACGAACUCGAUCAAGAACGACCUGGGCCACAAGAACCACUUCAUCGUCGGUCUCGGGCUGUGCGCGCUGGGGAACAUAUGCACCGCGGAGAUGGCGCGCGACGUCGCCCCGGAGGUGGCGGCGCUGUUGGCGUCUAAGAACUCGUACAUUCGCAAAAAAGCCGCGCUCUGCGCCAUCAGGGUCGUGAAGAAAGUUCCCGAGCUCGCGGAGGGUUUCUUGGAGAACGCGUCCGCGCUUCUCGCGGACCGGCAUCACGGCGUGCUCCUGUGCGCGGUGACGCUCGCGCUGCAGCUGUGCUACGUCGACGCCAAUCACGCGACGACGUUUCGGAAGCACGUGCCGAUUUUGGUUCGGAUCCUCAAGUCGCUCAUUCACAGCGGCUACAGCGCCGAGCACGACGUCGGCGGGCACGCGGACCCGUUCUUGCAGGUGAAGAUGCUGCGGCUGUUCCGCGUCCUCGGCGCGGGCGACGCGGAAGCCUCGGACGCGAUGUCGGACAUUCUCGCGAACGUCGCGUCGAACACCGACGGCUCCAAAAACGCGGGAAACGCGAUUUUGUACGAAGCCGUCGAGAGCAUCAUGGGCGUCGAGUCCGUCGGCGGCCUGCGCGUCCUCGCGAUCAACAUCCUCGGGCGAUUCCUCGCGAACAAGGAUAACAACAUACGGUACGUCGCCCUCAACACGCUCGCGAAGGUUGUCGCCGUGGACACCCAGGCGGUGCAGCGGCAUCGGCACACCAUCGUCGAGUGCGUCAAGGACUCGGACGUCACGAUUCGCCGAAGCGCGUUGCAGCUCGUGUACAACCUAGUCAACGAGAACAACAUCGUGACGCUCGCGAAGGAGCUCCUGGAUUACCUCACCGUCGCGGACUUGGAGUUUAAGGCGGAUCUGUGUCGCCGAAUCGCGGAGCUCGUCGCGCGGUUCGCGCCGUCCAAGCGUUGGCACGUCGACACCCUAGUGGAGCUCAUGUCCAAGGGGGGCGCGCACGUCGCGGACGAAGAGUGCCGCGCGUUCGCGCACCUCGUCAGCGCGACCCCGGAGCUGCAGGGCUACGCGGGGCGGGCGCUGUAUAAGGCGAGUUUCGAGAUGCGAGGCGAGAGCGGGUGGAAGCUCGCCGCGGUCGCGGCGUGGGUCGUCGGCGAAUACGGAGACGCCGUCGUCUCGAGGAGCAACAGACUGGAGGACGAGGAGGGGUUCGUCGCGUCUCCGAAAGAUCUCGUCUCUCUGCUCGAGAGCAUCGUCUUAGACGCCGCGGUCCCGCACGCGGUGAAGCAAGUCGUCGUGACCGCGCUCGCGAAGCUGUCCGUGAGGUUCCCGAGCGAGGCGAGCGACGUGAAGCGCGCGGUGUCGCACGCGACGGAUUCGCUCAACUUGGAGCUGCAGCAGCGGUCGUGCGAGUUUAUUAAAAUUUUUGAGAGGGGGCCGUCGCUCACGGGGCCGCUGCUCGAGCGCAUGCCCGCGUUCGAGGUGAAGUCGUCGAGCGCGUACAGCGGAAUAGGUAUCGAGGGCGGAGGCGGGAAGGGCGGCGGCGGCGGGAAGGCUCCCGCCGCGGCGUCGGGCGCGGAUUUGCUCGGCGAUCUCAUGAGCCUCGACGACGACGCCGGCGCGGUCCGAGGCUCCGGGUCCGCGGCGGCGGCGACGUCGGGGGCGAACCUUCUAGACGAUCUCUUAGGCGGCGACAUGGGCGGCGGCGGCGGCGGCGGUGGGGGGGGAGGAGGGGUUGGAGGGUUCUCGGCCGCGGGUAGCGCGCCCGCGGACCCGCUCGCGGACUUAUUCGGAGGCGUCGGAGCGACCGCGCCCGCGACGGCGCCCGCGCCCGCGGCGGAUCCCGUGAUGGAUCUGUUGGGCAUGGCCGCGCCCGCGGCUCCCGCCGCAGCGCCGGUGGACUUCAUGAUGGGCAUGGGCGCCGCGCCUCCGGCGCCGCCGCCGCCGCCGCCGAUAGAUCCGAUGGCGGCGCUGGACAUCGGCGGCUUCUCGGCGCCCGCGCCCGCGCCCGCGCCGCCGCCGCCGCCGGGGUCGUUCACCGCGUAUGAAAAAGACGGAGGCCUCCGCGUCGUCUUCGCGUGCACGAAACCCGACCCGAUGGACCCGUCCGAGACGUGCGUCCUCGCGACGUACGCCAACUCCGGCGCGUCGCCGCUGCGGUCGUUCACGCUGCAGGCGGCGGUGCCGAAGACGAUGUCGCUGUCGCUGGAGCCGGCGUCGGGCGCGGACGUCCCCGGGGCGGGGUCGGGCGGCGCGCCGACGACGCAGCGGCUGCGGGUGAAAAACGCGCAGCACGGGGUGAAACCGCUCGCGAUGCGGUUGAGGAUGCAGUGGACGGACGCCGCGAGCGGCGCAGUCGUCGUGGAGCAGGCCACGGUUAGCUUUCCCCCGGGGAUGUAA